AUGUCAGAGAGUUGCUGGUGCUGUGACAAUGAAGCUCCUUCUCGUGUUGUUUUUCAGUAUGCUGUCCAUUUUGCUUGUUUAUGGACAAGUUAAAUCCCCAGCACCUGACCCACGUUGUAGUGGAGUAGUCGACUAUAAUCUAUGCAAACCUACAGCCGAUACUACAGCCGAUAAGUGUGGUUCGAACAGUACAUGUUCUUGUAAGGACCAGCAACCAUAUUGUAGAUGCAAUUCUUACACUGAUGAAUGGUUCAUCGGUGAGAACUGCGAUCAGAAGUGGACCACUGUCACCUUUGCCUUAGUGGCAUCGCUGCCUGGAUUGGGAUUAGCCAUUAUAGUGGGAGUCAUUGUCUACUGUGUCAGAAAACCAGCAAAAGCCAAAAAAGACAGGGGUCUGAGAGAAAAUAUGGUGGCAACCAUUCAUCAUCAACAAGAAGAUGACAUGUUUAAAAACAUGGUCUUUGCCUCUGAUAUGCAGGAGCGUCCACACUCCAGGCCUCCACCGGAGAGCAUGAGACCCCCCAAUGUCAACGUCCCAAUGGCAGACCGCAACUACAGUCAACAGAGAAACAUCCAUCCAUCACAAGAUAGACGUUUUAUGGGGGGACCUCCAACAACAUCCAACAGCUAUGGCUCUGGGAUGGGGCAGGUGCUGAGUAACCCGUACGCAAACACGUCUCCUGGGAGGCCUCUGUAUGAGGGCCCAAGUCCUUCGGCAGACUACAACCACAGACCCAAACAGCCCCCUGUGAAUGGCAUGAAGGUGAUGGCAUCAGACUUCCCCCGCUCGGCUCCACCAGCUCGGCCCUUUCCCCAGCCAGACUACAACCCCCCCAACCCCCAGUUUCAGAGACCAAUGAUGGAUGGGAGGUAUUGAGGACUUGCAGCAGACUUAAGAUGACACGAGGGAGUGUGUGAAGUCCCUCAGAUCUCCCUAUUUGUACAUAAUUGAUUUAUUUUUUCAAACUACUUUAAACACCUCUCAAGGCUAAUUCUGA